CUGACAAAUUUCUUGCUGCAAAUAGAUAAGUGUAUAUUUAAAAAACAAAACAAAACAAAUGAUACGCAGGACAAAACGCAGAAGAGCAAAACAACGACCCUCAAUAUUUCCUCCCGUCCUCUCGAGGGCGCUGUCGACCGAGGGAAAUCAGAACCAAUUCCGCAGGCUAAACCUACAUCCGAUGGCCAUCCUGCAGCCCGAUCCUACCUCUCUCGCCCGCCGAUGGGUGGGAGGAGGGUAUUGCUUCUGCGUAAAGAUGGCGGCAGUGAGGAGGAGUCUUUUGCAGAGUGAGCAGCUUUCAAGCUGGACAGAUGACUUGCCGCUAUGUCAGCUCUCUGGUGUCGGUUCAGCUUCUAAUCGUUCUUAUACUACUGAUGGAAAGGGCACUGAAAUUCAUCCCUUAGAGGAUAACUGGUUGAAAUUCAGAAGUGAAAAUAAUUGCUACCUCUAUGGAGUCUUUAAUGGUUAUGAUGGUAACCGUAUCACAAACUUUGUGGGAGAGCGGCUUUCUGCAGAACUCCUGUUGGGCCAACUGAAUGCAGAGCAGGAUGAGGCAGAGGUGCGCAGAAUCCUGUUACAGGCCUUUGAUGUGGUAGAAAGAAGUUUCUUGGAGUCCAUUGAUGAUGCAUUGGCAGAAAAAGCCAGCCUCCAAUCCCAAUUACCAGAGGGGGUUCCCCAUCACCAGCUGCCUCCUCAAUACCAGAAAAUUUUGGAGAGGUUGAAGGCUGUAGAAAAGGAAAUCUCUGGAGGAGCCAUGGCCAUUGUGGCAGUGAUUCUUAACAACAAACUUUAUAUCGCUAAUGUAGGAACAAACCGUGCACUUUUGUGCAAAUCUACCAUGGAUGGAUUGCAAGUGACACAGCUCAAUAUGGAUCACACUACCGAGAAUGAAGAUGAAUUAUUCCGCUUUUCACAACUGGGUUUAGAUGCAGCAAAAAUAAAGCAAGUAGGAACCAUAGGUGGGCAAGAAAGUACUCGGCGUAUUGGAGAUUAUAAGGUCAAAUAUGGCUACAGUGAUAUUGAAAUUCUUAGUGCUGCGAAAUCUAAGCCAAUCAUAGCAGAGCCUGAAAUCCAUGGUGGUCACCCAUUAGAUGGCGUCACAGGCUUUCUUGUGCUCAUGUCAGAAGGACUCUACAAAGCUCUAGAAGCUGCUCAUGGACCUGGACAAGCCAAUCAGGAAAUUGCAGCCAUGAUUGCCACAGAGUUUGCCAAACAAACUUCAUUGGAUUCUGUGGCUCAAGCAGUUGUAGAUCGAGUUAAGCGUAUUCACUGUGAUACCUAUGCCAGUGGUGGUGAACGGUCCAAAUUCUGCUCUCGGCAUGAAGACAUGACAGUCCUAGUAAGAAAUUUUGGGUACCCACUAGGGGAGAUGAGCCAGCCCACACUGACUCCAACACAAGGUGGUCGUGUCUAUCCUGUGUCAGUGCCCUACUCUAGUACUCAGAGCACAAGCAAGACCAGUGUGACUUUAUCACUUGUGAUGCCUUCUCAAGGUCAGAUGGUCAAUGGUGCCCACAGCAGCUCUACGCUGGAUGAAGCCACACCCACACUUACCAAUCAAAGUCCUACUGUGACUCUUCAGUCUACUAACACUCAUACCCAGAGUAGCAGCUCAAGCUCAGAUGGAGGCCUUUUCCGUUCUCGUCCUUCUCAUUCUCUCAGGCCGGAUGAAGAUGGGCGUGUUGAAUCCUAUGUAGACUUUGCAGAGUUUUACCGCCUUUGGAAUAUGGACCACAGUGAACAGGGGACACUGACUGUGCAAUAAUACAUGGAGAGUAACCCCCGUGAAGUCCCACCAGACAGUAGGUUGCAAUUCAUCUCUUGGCUGACAACAUUUUUCUACAAAGCGUGAUCUUUUGGAGACUUCGGGACAAAUUGUUAAUGUGAUUAUUCUCAUCAAAUUGUCAAGCAUAUUUACUCAUAUUGAAUUCUUUUCUAAUGGUCUCUUCCACUGUGAAAUCUUGUGGCAUUAGAGAGGGUUGCAAACCCUUUUACUGCAUGGCUGUAGGAAGAAGAAUAGUCAGCAGCCAGAAUUGUCUUAUGGAUAAGUCCACAGCAAAUAUCUGUCAAGAGUGUGUGUGUAUGUAUAUAUGUAUGUGGGCGCAUCUUGUUGAAGGCAUAAAUCUGGGAAUGCUUAUCAUGAUAUGAAAGAUACCUCUGAUUUGCAAAAUAAAUGAUAACUUAUAGUUACUACUAUAAGUUUCCUCCUGUUGUGACUCCAUCUGGAGGGUGUUGGAUUGGGGAAUCGCUUUAGAGGCCUGACAGCCCCACCUUUUGGCUCUGGGGAUCCUUUCCCCUUUCUGAAUUUCUUGACGCACCCCGGAGGAGCAGCCCUGCGGCAACAGGAUGUUCAAGAACAUGUUCCAGAGCAGCUUCCUAUCCAUCCUCCUCAGCAAGCUGCUGCAGAUCUGGGUUAAGAAGGUGGUGGCUGGGCCUGGCGGGGAAGGGCCAGGCCUUUUAAUCAGUGAUCAUAUGAAGCAUAUAUAUCCUCAGCUCCUGCUGUAGAGCUCCUAAGGUUUUAAUCAUUUUAGAGCAGGUAUCUUUCAGAAGAAUAGACAUACAUAUACAUCAUCUCAAAUACUGAUCCACUAAUUUUGCUGAUGUGUAAUGCAAACAAAAGAACCUGCCAUUUCAAUUUGUGAUCCAUUGUAAAAAAAAUUGGUUUUGCACAUCAUGACAAUCUAAAUAUGAGCAAAUCACAGGAUAUUGUGAAGAUAUAUAUGAACCGAGCCACUGACUCUCAAUAGCUAGCCUUAAAAUCAUUAUAGUGUUGUUCAGGCAAACAUUUCACCCUGGUGCCAAGAAUAACACAGUUCAAAUCAAAUCAAGUUUAUUACAGUCAAAGUCCAUGUCAGGAAAUUGUUAUUUGCCUAACUAGUUGGCCAGGCAAUAUAUAAACUAACUAUGUAUGUUUGCAGCAUGAUAUUGCUUUAAGGCUGUGCUGCAUCAUGCAAGCAUCCUGAUUGGUUGAGCUCUGUAGCCAAUGUAUAAAAGGAAGACUAAAUUAUAGCUUGUUGGGAAUCUACAGGGACGCUACAGCAUUGUAAGCUGAAGACAUGCUGCAACUGUGUAUUUGAGCUUUAUGAUCCUUGCUUGACCAUGGCUAGUUACUGAUUCCUCAAGAUACUGACAGUUGUGUAUUGAAUUGUAUUUUGCUGAACUGAAAGAAGACUUGGUAAGAAGACUUUGUAACAUCCCUGACUGACUGGCUUUAUAUGUGUAUGACCUGGAAUUGUUUUUGGACUAUGAUUUUGCCUUUUCCCUAAAAGUAAAGGAAUAUCAAACCCCAGUUUGUCUGCAAGUGACUGUUAUUGUAUACAAUCAGUCUCAGUCGUUUUUAUGUGUAGGGUACUCAGCUCAACAGUCCACAACCUUGGUUGUGAACCCAGAUUACCCUUAACAUUCCAGAGACAAGAACAAAUAAAAACACUCAAGGAAUAUCCAGUUAAAAAUUCUAGAAUAAAAUAAUAACAAAUAAAAUCUAUAUUAAAAUCAGAAAUUGGCAUCCAAUCUGUUCGAUACACAUGGCCUAAUUAUACUGUAAAAUCAAUCCUUAAAUUUAAUGACAUAGUCAUUGAAUACUAAAAUGUAAAUGGGUAGUAAUGCAAAAAGGUUUUGCUACAUUAGUUGUGUAAAAUAGCUAUGGUGGAGUAAUCAUAUUUCCAACGGAUCCCCAGUGCUGCUGUGCAGAAUCUAGCCAUCUGCGGUGUAAUCACAGUCUGUUAAGUAGCCAUUGGAGAUAAUCAGUGUCAGAAUUGCCAGGAUACCUAUCGAUUAUUGGGAGGAUAUGUUUUUUUCGAAUAUUUCUGUAGAAAGAGCAUCGAAGGAAUAUGUGUCCAAUGGUCUCCACCUCUCCUGAGCCACCAGAGCGGAGUCUUUCAAUCAGUAGUAUCUUUUUAUACUUGCUGUACAGGACGGCCAAUGGAAGCGCAUGGCAUCCUGCGAGCAACAAUGUUUUCCAACCGGCUAAGAUAACUGGCAGGAGUAACAACAUAUCUAAUAGAGUCUGGAGCCACAAACAACGGAGAUGUCCCUAAGCCCGCUUGCCUCUCGAUGUCCUCUACCCUUUGUCGCAAGGUUUGUUGUGUUUGGUCAUCGUCCAACUUGAAUAUUGAAGCUGGAGAGAAGCCUAGUUUGGCAAGGUUGGACUCGACGGCCUUGAUCCAUGAAGAGGAGAAUUUGUCUUGGAGGAUUAAUGUAGGAAGAAAUUUAGCCAAAGAUUUAAAGAAGCUACACAGAUUCUCGCUUUGACUUUUGUCAAUCCUGUCUCCGGGCGCAGAAGUGCAUUUGAGACACAACGCGGCAUCUGGAGAAUUGCUUUAAUAAAUUUAGAUUGAACUCUUUCCAAUGGUGUGAAACAUGAAGCUGAGAGUCUGAGCUGAGGUCCCGUAAAGAAGCUGUGCUAGCUGUUUGGCUGGAAAGAGAAUUGUAGCAGGAACAUAGUAUCUUCCCUUUGUGUGGAAACAUUUGAGAAAGACCUUUGCUGAUCUUUGGCUAGAGGCAGCCACAUAUUCACUCUGUCCUUUUCUUGAGCCAGUGGCAUGGAUGUCACCAUGUACUUAAAGGUGGUUACUUGUUCUGUAUUACAACCAUUAACUUAUUGUACCGUAUGACUGUCACUGGAUGUUGUUCCUUGUGAUUCUUGAUGUCUUUUUAUGUAUACUGAGCAUAUGCACCAAAGACAAAUUACUUGUGUGUC